AUGGCUUUAAAGGAUUUGGCAUUGAGAUUGCUCAGAUAUACUUUUCUUCAUUUUUUUUUAUCCUUCUUUUUAUUCCUUCAUUUUAAUCCUUCUUUUUAUUCUCCUUCAUCUUUUUUUUUCAUUAUCUCUUUCAGUCUUAAUCAUUUUUGCUCCUUUACUUGGUCGUUUCUUUUUUUCUUUGUUCGCUACAUUUUUUUCUUAUCUCAUUUUCUUCUUUUCUCUUUCCCUUUUUCAUUCUAUUCUCAUUACUUCUUUCCUUCAUUCUCUUCCCAUUCCUUCACCUCUUCAUUCCCUUCUGAUUCUUUCACUCCUGCAUUCUCUUUUAAUUUUUCAUCCGUUCAUUCUCUUCUCAUUCCUUCUAUUCUUUCACUUCUCAUUCCCACCUCUCUUCUUUCUCUUCUCAUUCCCUCUUCCCUUCUUUCUCUUCUUAUUCCCUCUUCCUAUUCCCUCUUCCCAUCUUUCUUUUCUUAUUCCCUCUUCCAUUCUUUCUCUUCUCAUUCCCUCUUCCCUUCUUUCUCUUCUCAUUCCCUCUUCCCAUCUUUCUCUUCUCAUUCCCUCUUCCCGUCUUUCUCUUCUUAUUCCCUCUUCCCGUCUUUCUCUUCCCCUCUUCCCUUCUUUCUCUUCUUAUUCCCUCUUCCCUUCUUUCUCUUCUUAUUCCCUCUUCCCUUCUUUCUCUUCUCAUUCCCUCUUCCCUUCUUUCUCUUCUCACUCCCUCUUUCCAUCUUUCUCUUCUCACUCCCUCUUUCCAUCUUUCUCUUCUCACUCCCUCUUCCCAUCUUUAUCUUCCACUCCCUCUUUCCAUCUUUAUCUUCUCAUUCCCUUCUUUCUCUUCUUAUUCCUUCUCCUCUUCGUUCUCUUCUAAUUUUUUCAUCCCUUCAUUCUCUUCAUUCCUUCAAUUCUUUUACUUCUCAUUCCCUCUUCACUUCUUUCUCUUCUCAUUCCCUCUUCCUUUUUUCUUCUCAUUCCUCUUCCUUCUUUUUCUCUUCUCAUUCCCUCUUCCCUUCUUUCUCUUCUCAUUCCCUCUUCCCUUCUUUCUCUUCUCAUUCCCUCUUCCCUUCUUUUUCUUCUCAUUCCCUCUUCCCUUCUUUUUCUUCUCAUUCCCUCUUCCCUUCUUUCUCUUCUCAUUCCCUCUUCCCUUUUUUCUCUUCUCAUUCCUUCUUCUCUUCAUUCUUUUCUCAUUUCUUCAUACUUUUCUUUCUUUCUCUUCUCAUUCCUAAUCCCAGUCAUUCUAUUCUCAUUCCUUCUUUCCUUCAUUAUCUUCUCAUUCCUUCUUCCUUUCUUUCUCUUCUCUCUGUUUUUAUUCUUACUCUUAUUUUUACUUUCCACUCCUUUAUUCAAUAUUCUUAUUCAGUGAUUCUUCCAGUUAUUUCACCCCUCCCAUCCCCAAUAUAA